AUGUCAGAAUCGAAUACUAAAAACAACACUUCAUCAGUUACAUCAACAAUUGGUGAGGAAUAUAAGAUUGUUGCACAUGUUUCAUCUUCGACAGCAGGUUCAUCAAGUGGCGACUUUCAUGUUUAUCGUAAUUUAAGAAGAAAGGAAACUUUAAGAUUAGAAGAGAUGGAUAAAAAUGAUAGAAAAGAACUAUCAAAUAACGAGUUUAGUGAAAGAAGGGAGCAACAAAAAUUAGAAGAAGAAUUAAAAGUUAAGAAAAAAGCAGAACAAAGAAAAAAAAAUAAACAAAGAAAAACACAUUCAGAAAUUAGAAAAAAAUUAAAUUCAAAAUUAGAAGAGGAAACGAAAAAGAAUAAAGAAGAAGAAAAAGAAGAAAAAAACAAAAAUAGCGAUAAUGAAAAAAAUUAA